GAGCACCAGCGCUCAGUAUCCGCAGUUACAACUCGGAGGCUGAGCAGUGGGAGAGUCCCGGGAUCGCAAAGAGAUCAUAAAACGAGUCAAGGGGUGUUUACUCUGGUUGAGAUGCAAUUGGAAUAAACGUAACACAUCAGUGUAGAUUAUUAGAACGCGAUUUAAUAUAUCGAUUUGGUGCAACCGAACCAUUCGGUUUUGGAAAUGUCCUGAAGAAGAUGCAGCUGCCGGUUGCGCUCAGAUGUUUUCAUUGGAUUUGUUUUUUGUUUCUCCUUAUCUUCGUUUCAUUCACUUCACUUUCCCCGGUUCUCAAGAAGGUCGAGGACUGGGAAUUAGAGACUGCAGAGGGUUUUCUGGAGAAAUAUGGCUACCUGGGAUACACAGGUAACCAUGGACACGGGCCAGCUGAGGUGGGCAAGGCACUCAGGGAGUUCCAGUGGCUCUCUCGGCUGCCGGUCAGUGGGUUAGUGGACGAUGCCACGCUGCAGCUCAUGUCUCAGCCUAGGUGCGGAGUGACCGAUGGAGAGAGCCACGCAGCCUGGGAGGAACGAGUCAGCGCCAUCUUCUCUGGAAACGGAGGAAAGAGGAGAUCAAAGAGAUACAGCCAGCAAGGAGAGAAGUGGUACAAGCGUCACUUGACCUACCGCAUUGUGAACGGCCCGCGCUCCCUGUCCCUGCUGCAGGUGAGGCGCGCGGUGAGGGCUGCCUUCGAGCUGUGGAGCAACGUGUCCGCACUGGCGUUCUGGGAGGUGAUGGAGGGGCCGGCAGACAUCAGGCUAGCGUUCUAUGAGGGGGAGCACAGCGACGGGGUGACCAACGCCUUCGACGGGCCAGGGGGGGCGCUCGCCCAUGCCUUCUUCCCACGCCGAGGAGAGGCCCACUUCGACAUCUCCGAGCGCUGGACCCUGAACGGCCACAAGGGGCGCAAUCUCUUCAUCGUGACUGCCCACGAGAUCGGCCACACCCUAGGGCUGGAGCACUCGCCCGUCCGCAACGCCCUGAUGUCGCCCUACUACAAGAAACUGGGCAAGGACUUGGUGCUGAGCUGGGACGACAUCGCCGCUGUGCAGCAGCUCUAUGGUCAGUUCACCCCCUCUGAAGCAGGAAGCUCAGCACGCUUUCCAUCUGCUUCCACAGGCUCUAACUGCCUGGGCCUACGAAAGCAUGCUCUCUCCUCAUUAGCUGUGCUGUUGUUUUGUUUUAACAUUGUGGAUUCCGGCAGCUGUUCUUGGGCAGUUCAGGCUUUUCAACUUAAAACUCAAUGCAUUCUGGUAAGUGUAGUCCUGCUGACAGGGAAAACGUACCACAAUGCUUUGCGAUGAGAGUUGAAAAGCCUGAAUUGUCUCAAACUGGCCUAGUUUACAUGGAGUCAUAUGGUAACCAUACAUGUGACCUAAAAUGACAGUGAUGUUGGGAACUGUUGCAUUUUUGUUUCUGGUUGAUAAAGACCUAACGAUUUGACUGCCUGAUACAAAGCUGUAUCCUACGAUUCCCCAGGUAAAUUUUGAUUAUGGGUGUGGUACAAGAAAAGUAUUUUGCAAAGCCUUGUAUCUCAGAAACCGUUUGAGGGAGUGACCUCAUAUGAGCAGGGAUAUAUAAACCCUGCAGGCUUAAUGUGUCAUGACAUGACCUCUGACCUAAUACAGUCACCACGUUGAAGUCAGGCGACUUUUGAAGCUGCAUCUGCAUAGAGAUAGUGCACUUUGAGCGACUGCCUUAAUACUUGGCACACAGCGGUACUCUGUGAUGUUCUUACUCAAGUUCUUUUGACAGCGGUGUCUAGUAAAAAGUAACCCUUUCAUUCUGCUUUAAGCUGAGGCUUUGAUAUCAGGUCAGUCUUUUCAAUGUAUUACUGUGUGUGCUGUAUUAAUAAAAGGGUUAUAUAAGUGCCUAUUAGACAGCACUCGCCAAGACUUUAAACAGUGUGCAGCUACAGUGAUUCAUCACCAGACUGCAAUACAUUUAAGAUCAAAAAGAGAGCUGCUUGAAAUACAGGCACUGUCCAUUGAGGGUACUUGCACCCACUGCUCUUGCCAUAUUAAAAAUGGGUCACCAAGACUAAAGGGAGUUAGAAAUCCCAUAACUAACUUUCCACGAGGGCCCCAGGCAGGCACAGGGAGAGAUCACAGCAGCCACUGCUCUAAUGGAAGUUAUUUCAGUAAUGAUCCUUUGACCGGCUUUGGCUCCCCUCCCAGUUGUGCUGAUUUGUGGUCACUCUGUGUGUGAGAGGAGG